AACCGGCGCCGCACGGAGCCCGAGCCGGCGCUGCGGCGGCCGCCCGCGCCCCUCCGGGCCGUGCGCCCCGCACAGCGUCCCGCACGGCCAUGAGCCCCCGCCCCCUCCUGUAGCUCCGGCACCAUGCUGCCCGGCUCCAUCCAGAUCUCCGGGGAGCCGCUGUCGGGCGCCGAGGUGCGGGACAUCUGCCGGGGCCUGCGGGACAACGCGGUGCGCCUGCUGUCCCUCCGCGGCUGCCGCCUCUGCGACCGCGACUUCGGACGCAUCUGCCGGGCCCUGGCCGGAGCCACCGCCCUGGCGCAGCUCAACCUCAACCUGGGCGUCGUGUCCAGCCCGGCCCGCGUCAAGCAGCUGGCCGAGGCCCUGGGGGCCAACCGCUCCGUCCAGUCCCUCUUCCUCCACGGGAGCCCCCUCACGGACGCGGGCCUGGCCCUGCUGAACCCGGCCCUGGCCCUGCACCCGUCCUUGGUGGCCCUGGACCUGGGGGACUGCAUGCUGGGCGACGAGGGCAUCAACCUCAUCUGCGGCCUCCUGCCCCCCGACGGAGCCAAGUCCGGCCUGAAGGAGUUAACUCUGAGCGCCAACCCGGGCGUCACCCCUAAGGGCUGGGGGCGUCUGGCCAUCGCCGUGGCCCACAGCUCCCAGGUCCGAGUGCUCAACCUGGACUACAACCCCCUCGACGCUGCUGGACAUGGUGGAGAACUAUCCCACGGCCCUGCGGAGUCUGGUCCUGGCCGAGAACAGCAUCAGCCCCGAACUGCAGCAGCAGAUCUGCGACCUGCUGUCCGAGGGCGAGGAGGAGGAGGAGCCCGAGGGGCCCGAGCGAGAGCCGGAGACCGCCGGCCACCAGCGGGGCCGCCCCUGGAUUGGCCCCAACACCCCCGGCUCCCAGAUGGUGCUGAUGACGUCGGGCUUGGGGGACAGCCUGCUGGCAGAGACGGAGAUGUGACUCUCUCAUCCCUGGACCCCUCUCCGCCAGCCCCCCGACCCCCACAACCUGGGCAUGUCUGUACGUGGGUCUACCUCCUCCCCCUGCUGCCCUUGCACACGCCACCGGGCCCAUCCUGCGUGGGAUGGGGGAGUGGGGGGUCGCCCUUCGUGCGGGGAGGAGUCCCACUUGGAGCACUGAUCUCCUGGCUCGGGGGGGAGGGAAAGGGUGGACCAGGAGGGUUGUGAGGUGGUAUUUAUUCUGGGGGGGGUGGGGAGGGGAGGGGAGCCGGAGCAUAGUUGUGCUCUUUGACUCGUUCUAUUUAAAAAGUCCACAAGCAGCCGGGCGGCUGUUGGUCACUGGGGGACGAGGGCAGUGGGGACCUGAGAGCCCGUGACCCCAGCUGGCUCCCAGUGCCCCGAACGGGCCUACGGCUGCCCCGUGCCUCCAAAUCGCCCUCCCGCCCCCUGGCCGAGUAGGGCGACCCAGCAUCCAGGGCUGGGGUGGGCCCGGGGUCACCCCGUUACGGUCCCGUCCCUACCCGAGGGCCGCGAUGCCCGUCACGACCCAGCCCGAGCCUCAGCCCGGCCGCCCGCGUUCCCGCCCUGACGAACGUGGCGGCACGGAGGCGGUAAUGGCGGCGGGAAGGGGCGAUGCCCUCGUGGCCCCGCUGGACACGAGGACUCGGGGGCCAGAGCAGCGGAGGGCGUGGGGCGGGCAGCCGGGGGAGUCGAAGCGGGUUGAGGAAGAAGGCGUGAAGUGAGCAAACCUGUUAACGAUAAAAUAGUUUAUUUCUUAUUUUAAAA